AUUCCCCCUUCUCCAUUCUCUCUCCUCUCUCUCUCUCACACACACUCUCUCUCUCUCUCAACCUAUGCAUACACAUUUCUGUAUCUCACCUCCUCUUCAAGAACUUGAGAAAUAAAAAGGAUGUGUGGAGGUUCAAUAAUCUCUGAUGACCCAAUCAUCAAAAGAAGGGGUAAAUUAUCCACACAGGAGUUCUGGGCUGAACUCGAUACCAUUUCUCAGCUUUGGGGCUUUAAUUCCCCAAAUGGUGCUAACCACCACACCACCAACAAGCCCAACCCACCUACCAACGGCCGCUAGAGCUUACGAUGAAGCUGCCAAACGCAUCCGCGGUGACAAGGCCAAGCUCAACUUUCGAGACGAUCAUCAGCCACCAACACCACCAGAGCAGCCACCACCCAAGAGGCUGUGCAUCCCCAAGCCACCAGCUGAGCCAUGCCCAGAAAUGGAUCACAGCCAGAGCCACGAGCCGUAUUACCCUAGCCGAUGUGAGAUGAUCAAGGAUGAGCUAUCAAGCUUGGAGAGUUUCCUAGGGCUGGAGCCUGCUACUGAACCGACUCCAGUUGGGAUGGGUGAGCCUGUGGACUCGGUAGAUCUUUGGAUGAUGGAUGAAUUUGCUGCAGCGCAGCAAAAUGCCUUCUUCUGAAAAAGAAUGGAUGUAUAUGAGAGUGAACAUGUUAUGGUUUUUGCAAUAAAGUUUGGAGUGUCUGUUUGAGCUUUAAUGUUUGCUGCUACAGCACAUAUAUAUAUUCAUCUUAUGUGUGAGGGUGACUUACCUGCACUUGCAUGCAACUUUCUUGGGUUGUCUCUCAUGUUUGUUUUGGUGCUCUUCUUACAAGGGGGCACUUUGCAAUAAAACUUUCGUUUUGGUUUA